CUAAUAAGUCCCGGUAGCUAGCGUUAGCACUCAGCUAAUACAGCCUAGGCCUUAGGUGUCUUGUUUUUACUUGCGACUCUGUGUGAUGAUAUCAAACUGUGAUCAGCACCGGUCCGCGUUGAUGCUACGUGCCUGUAAAUUAGCUUUAAUGAGUUACUAGCUGACGUUAGCUAGUAAUGUCUCUAACGUUACCAUCCGCCGAUAUGCUUGAAACACCUCCUGGAUACCCGUUUGAAGAAAUAAACUAUGAGGACAUUGAAGUUGAGGAGGUGGUGGGGAGAGGAGCGUUCGGGGUUGUUUGCAAAGCUAAAUGGAAAGGCAAAGAUGUUGCAAUCAAGACCAUUGAGAGUGAAUCAGAGAGGAAAGCCUUUAUUGUUGAGCUCCGGCAGCUUUCACGUGUGAAUCACCCCAACAUUGUGAAGUUGUAUGGUUCUUGCAAUAGUCCAGUCUGCCUCGUGAUGGAAUAUGCUGAAGGCGGGUCAUUGUAUAAUGUGCUGCAUGGUGCUGAACCCCUCCCCUAUUACACUGCUUCCCAUGCCAUGAGCUGGUGUUUACAGUGUUCCCAAGGCGUGGCCUAUCUCCAUGGCAUGAAACCAAAGGCUCUCAUUCACAGGGACCUCAAGCCACCCAAUCUGCUUCUAGUGGCAGGCGGCACCGUGCUGAAGAUAUGUGACUUUGGAACAGCUUGCGACAUUCAGACCCACAUGACCAACAACAAAGGAAGUGCAGCAUGGAUGGCCCCAGAGGUAUUUGAAGGCAACAAUUACAGUGAGAAGUGUGAUGUGUUCAGCUGGGGGAUCAUUCUCUGGGAGGUGAUCACUCGCAGGAAGCCCUUUGAUGAAAUUGGAGGACCAGCUUUUCGCAUUAUGUGGGCUGUGCACAAUGGUACAAGACCUCCGUUAAUCAAAAAUUUGCCUAAGCCCAUUGAGAGUCUGAUGACUCGCUGUUGGUCUAAAGACCCCUCUCAGCGGCCUUCCAUGGAGGAGAUAGUGAAGAUCAUGACUCAUCUAAUGAGGUACUUCCCAGGAUCUGAUGAACCCCUGCAAUAUCCAUACCAGUAUUCAGAUGAGGGACAGAGCAACUCUGCAACUAGUACAGGUUCAUAUGUGGACUACACUGGCACCAGCACAAGCAACAAAAGCGAUGCAAACAUGGAGCACAGUGAUUCUCAAGGGAGCAACGACACUAUCAAGAUUACCCCUCAGUUUGCACCUCAUUUCAAGCCAAAGGGAGACCCGUUGAGGACUCUGCCUCUGUCCAGAGGUCCUGCCUGAGUGCCUGCCAUUCUGACAGGGAGUGCUGACCUUUCAGAGCUGGAGCCCAUACCAUUUGCACCUGCGGCACGCCCACAGUAUAAACGAGGCCACCGUAAAACUGCAUCAUUCGGGACCAUUCUGGAUGUCCCCAAGAUCAUCGUCACAGCCACAUGUGAGCCUCAGAGACGUCGCUCUGUACAGGAUCUGCCAGGCAUCAGCACAGAGUCCAGCCAGGGGAGCAGGAACAGCAGCCGGUCUUCCAGUCCUAGUGUGAGGAUGAUGCCACCUGAUAAGACGAGCAGCAGAGGUUACUUCUCCCCUGAGGACCCCACAGACACCAACGGCUCAGACAAUUCCAUUCCCAUGGCUUAUCUCACCCUGGAUCACCAGCUGCAGCCCCUCGCUCCCUGUCCCAACUCCAAAGAGUCCAUGGCUGUGUUUGAACAGCACUGCAAGAUGGCCCAAGAAUAUCUGAAAGUGCAAACAGAGAUCGCCCUGCUGAUCCAGAGAAAGAAGGAGCUCAUUGCCGAACUGGACCAAGAUGAGAAGGACCAGCAGAACACAUCCCGUCUGGUGCAGGAGCACAAAAAACUGCUGGAGGAGAACAAGAGUCUGUCCACAUACUACCAGAAGUGCAAAAAACAGCUGGAGCUGAUCCGGGUCCAGCAACAGAAGAGACAGGGCACGUCAUGAUGAGACACAGACAUGAGCACUACUGUCCUCCCUCCCCCUCCCCAACCCUGCACUAUAACACUACCCACUCAUGCUCUGCACACACUCACACUCGCACACACACUAUUGCCAGUCCAGCUUUGUGAAGAGACCUGCCUUCUACUGUGUCCUGCAUGUUGCAAUUAGACCCGUUCUCGCAGGUCCUCCGUACGUACGCGAUCCUCACAGUGUCCUCUGUGGACUGCUGACCAAACAGUCGCUGCACCCCCCACAUCCUGAUCAGCCCAGAUCCUGCCUCUGUGCUUCAGGACAGACCUCUAAGCGGCAGCACGGCGGCGCGAUGGCGGGGCCGAUGAGUAUGGGUCGGGUUGUUUGCUCUCAGGACCUCUGGGCUGCCUGGUCAGUGUGUGUUUGUGUGUGUGUGUGUGUCUGUCUGUCCUCUCCAGACACAACCGUCCUCCACAAUGUGAAAACCAAGACAAAGGCUUUUCAGCAAAAAGUGUGUGACUCAUGAAGAAGUUGUAGAGAAAUGAGGACGUUUGAACCCGUUCUACAGUGCGCUCAUUGAAUCCGUAUUAUGCAAAUCACACACACACACACACACACACACACACCCUACAUCAGCGUAUGUAUCUCUAACCUCUCCCUUCUCUGAUCAUGAGCAUGAGCCCUUCCACAGUCCACCACACCUGUUUACUUCCUCCAGGUGAAGUACUUUGUGUCAGAUGUCACAGUAACAGGAAAGGCUCGGGGCGUGUGGAGAUCUGGACGCAGCGUUAACGAUCCGCUCAUGCUCAUGCAAAAACAACUAAUUUCCAGGGCGAAUACAGAGAGCUGUGGAUUCCCCUUUUCAUUUUGACUUCAGUAUUGUUUUUGCGUGUAGAUGUUUUUGUCUUUUUUUAUUCAGUAGUUCACUUUGUAUGAUAGCUCUUGUGUCAUUUUACAUUAGGACAUAUUUUAUUUGGUCUGGGAGUGCCCUCACAGACAAACUGAGGGGCCUGUAGUUCCCCAAACAGUAUCUAGUUUGUUUUUAGUUCACAUGUUGCCUUAGAAGUUGCCUGCAUUUUAAGUGCUUGUUUUAUGUAACAUUUAGUGGGGAUAAAAGCUGAAAAAAAAAAAGAUAUUUUUAAAUGUAAAGGACAUAGAAUGAAAUUCUUCCCGAAGAGGACUGAGAGGAAUGUAUGUCUGUGAGCUGACAAUGUAAAUGUUUCCCACCAGCGUCACAUUCAGAACAACAGCAUGUACUGAAAAAGAAGGUUUCAACGUCAGAGAAUUUUUUUGGUUUCUUAUCCCUCAAGUAUUUUUUGCACAGUCGCUUUUUUUCCAUCUGGUCAUAUACACAUUUUAUUUCUCAUUUAGAAUAUUCUGUUUUUAGAAGUUCAAGACUUGACAAGUCUUACUCUUAAAACUGUUACUGUACAUGAGGAACUCUGUUCAUCACACACAACUCAACACUGUUUCUAAGUGUUUCCUAAAUUAUUGGGAAAUGAGGUACAGUAUAUGACAUUGAGAAAGGCAUUAUGAAAUAAACUGAAUGGUGAAAAGA